CCGAGCCACGCCCCCGCCCUGCGUUGCUAGGAGACGCGAGGGCUGGAAGGCGCGCGCAGCCGUUGGCCUCCGCCGCGCAUCCCAAGCGGAGACCUGGAACAGCAGCGCCGAGCCGCCCGCCUGCGACUUCCGCCCGGACCCGGCUCUCCCGAGCGAGGAAAAGAGUCUACCAGUACUUGUGUAUGAUUGAUACAUGCAGCUAAAGGAAACAGCUCUUCAUCUACUGGCAGCCUUCAUUGUCUUAUUAACCAUGGAGACUCUUUUAGGUGCAUAAUCAAGAUGCACUCACUUGAAAUUCAGCAGAUCUGUCGCCUUUUCCAUUUCCUCUUUCCUGCUGUUAAAUCCAGAAAUAAUUGGUAAUUAAGGCCUCUGUAGCCAUGGCUAGUUCUGAUGUGAAACCCAAAUCAAUAAGUCGUGCCAAAAAAUGGUCAGAAGAGAUAGAAAAUCUGUACAGAUUUCAGCAAGCAGGAUAUCGGGAUGAAAUUGAGUAUAAGCAAGUGAAGCAAGUCUCCAUGGUAGAUCGUUGGCCAGAGACAGGAUAUGUGAAGAAACUGCAGAGAAGGGACAAUACCUUUUAUUACUACAACAAACAGAGGGAAUGUGACGACAAAGAAGUCCACACAGUGAAAAUCUAUGCUUACUAGCCUUUCUUCUUCAUACUACUGGCUUUUAUAUUUUAAGAAGUCAUUCUUUCCAUUCUGUAUCAUGUAAAUGUCAUUUUACAAAAUGAUUUAAAAUGCAAUCUUCAAUGUAAUGUUUUGAAAUCAGAAACCAUGAAAGCUGGUAUCUAGUAAUCAUCCUGUCAUCCUGUCCUGUUCUAAGAUAUAGUUGCAGAAGUAUUAAAAGUUGGAACCUUCUCAGUCCUGUUUUCCACUUUUAUUUUUUUCCAGUGCUGGGGAUUGAACCUCUGGGCUAAACAUGUGCUCGGCAAGCCCUCUCCCAUGGUUCUACCUCCCUAUCUCUUUUUAUUUUUAUCUUGAGACCUAGCCUAAGUUUCCCAGGCUGGCCUGCACUUGCACUCCUGCUGCCCCCACCUCCUGAGUAGCUGGGAUUGUAGGUGUGUACCACCUGGCUCCUUCUGAUCAUUUUAACUGUGCUAGAGUAGCCAUUAUAUGGGGGAAACCAACCCAGUGGCCAGAAUGGUGGUAUAUUUUUCUAUAGUAUUAGUGCCCCACCCAGUUCCCAUUCUUCCCUUUACCUCUUUACUAGAAUGUUACUUUCAACUGCUAGAUCUGCAUUUCGUAGCAUGAGGGCUUACUUUUGCCUUUGGAGUCCUUUGUCUGGCUGGGCAGACUGUUAAUGCUAAGAACAGUGGCCAUCAAGGGGCACUUGCACCAUGGGUGAUGAGAGUGGACAUCCAUGUCCCCCAGCACCCUGCUGGCUCAGCAGUGGGUCUGAGGCAUGUGUCUCACAUUGGCUCCCAGUGGGUCCCCAGUAGGACUGAGACUUCAGUCACCCCAGUAAGACUGUUACCGAGUUUUAGGGUGCUGGAGUCUCCUCCUGGAGGUGGUUUCUAGGUUCUUUCUGUCCUGUGUUGGUCAAGAGAAGCACAAAUGGUAGAAAAGUUUUAUUAAAGGUAGGAAAAUUGUCAUGGCUUGUAUCCCAUGUCCUCACAAAGCCUCAUGAGGUCAUACAUGGGUCUUUUGGGACCUAGGGUGUGUGCUGCUGGGAUCAAGGAUGUGAACCUGGGAUUGAUUCAUGGUGUGAUGCUAGGAUUGAAGAUGUGCUUCCCACCCUAAGGGAAGGUAGCCUGGAUUAAAUAUAGAGACAGAAAAAGGAUCGCUAAUUUCUUGCUUGUAGCUUGCUGCCAUGCUAACUUCUGCUUUCUUCCUGCCAUGAACUGUUUCUCUCCUGCCGUGCCCCCUGCCUUGGAGCCAACCAGCUAUGAACUGAAACCUCUACAAACUGUGAGCC